AGCUGCGCUGGUCAUGCGCAUUUUGUCGUCGCCCCGUCUGGCCGGUGCGUCUUUGGCUCUUUUCGCCACUUUGAAUCAGCGCAUCCUCGCUCUGCGCCGCGGACACCUCCGAGGACUUUGAAGCCGUGACUUCUGCCUUCAGGAUGGACCACUUGAAAACUUCGGAACGCGUUUUCCACAAGUCCUCGUUCAGCAUCAGCAGCUUGUUGUUGAGGCGAGAGGGGGUGAUGGGCGCCGCGGACUCUCCUUCUCCGUCCCAGACGCUGCGCUGCGCGCAUCCAGAGAAACGCCGUCAGGAGGAAACCCGUGCCAAGAACUGCGAGACAAGCAAAACAGAGAGCAACACGGCCACUUCAGAAGCAAAACGAGAAGGAAAUCCCUGCGAAUCGAAGGAAAGUGGAGGAGCGGAAGAAAGCGCAAACCCCGAGAAACCUCCUUUCAGUUACAACGCGCUCAUCAUGAUGGCGAUCCGCCAGAGCCCGGAGCGACGGCUCACUCUCAACGGCAUCUAUGAGUUUAUCAUGGACAACUUCCCUUACUACCGGCAGAACCGGCAGGGGUGGCAGAAUUCCAUCAGACACAACUUGAGUCUGAACAAGUGUUUCGUCAAAGUUCCGCGCCAUUACGACGACCCGGGUAAAGGGAACUACUGGAUGCUGGACCCCUGCAGUGAGGACGUCUUCAUAGGCGGCACGUCGGGGAAACUGCGGCGCAGGGCCGCGGCCGGCUCCGGAACCAAGCUCGCGAUAAAAAGGGGAGGAGGUCGUCUGAUGUCCUCCAGCACAGCGACCAGCGUGACCUUGGCGACGGCGGGUUCGUUUUAUUGGCCGGUGCCGCCGUUUCUGCCUCUCCAAGCGCCGGUGCGCACCCACCUCGGCGCGGGGACUUAUCUCGGCGCUCACCCCCGGUUCCCGAGCCACGCCACGUCGACAGUUUCGCAGCGGUCCCGGUUGGGCGCAACAGGCGCCGCGGACGCCAACCGGUUCGUGCAGACGCACCAGGAGAUGUCUUACAUUGGACUUAGCUGCGCGCAAUCCAGACGCCAUCAGAUCGGCGCAGCCUGCACCGCCUUCUCCACAUCCAUCCCCGCGCGCACUCUGCCGCUGUCGGAUCCGUACUCUUUUAACAUGAUCUCCGGACAGGCCAGCUACUUUUACUCUCACCAAAUACCAUGCGCCGCGACGUUCGGUCCGUGCCAAGAGGAGUGCGCCAAGACGUCUCUGAACGGCCACUCAGACCUCGGCGGGUUUUGUAAUGACUUUCCAAAUUACUGUCCUCAAAUCAGUUCAAGCCCUCCUUCGUCUUGGGUUAUAGAAAAAUAAAGAGUGUUUAUAGCAUAUGAAGUUGGAAAAUAAAAAGCCAGAGCAUCUUAAGAUUAUACCUGCAUAUUGUUAUUUUUUUGAGUUGAUGUAGUCUGAUAUUGGUAUUUUUUUUGGACUCUCGUUUUGUCCCCAACAUUUUUAUUGUGCAAUUUCUGUCAAAUUAACAGUUAGCUGAAGCAUAAACAACGCGAGUCCGGUUCUCACACUGUUUUUCUGACACAAAGGUGCAAGAUGCUUGUAUUUGCGCAUGUUGGUUUUUUUUUUAAAUCAAGGGACAGACUCAAACAUCUUUUUUAAAAUGUAAUUAAUUAGCACUUGGUCUGCAUCUCUUAACUAAAACUAUACCCCUGUUUUUUCAAACACUCACUUUUUACAAGCAUGCACUUGAGUAGAAAUGUGUGAUGUUUGCGUGCAUGUCACAGUUAGGCCUAAUGCCAUCAUCUGAAUUUACCGACAACAUACCAUAAAACAUUAAAUGUCUUUAAGAAAUAAAUCCAAUGAACCAAAAAAAUGAUAAUUCUCUCUUAUUUUAAUUUACCAGCAUGUGUAUACCGAGUGUUGGAGUUCUAAAAUUUGGAAAAAGUGUAUAAGUAAAAAAUACACUUUUAAAUUGAAUGCUAUUAUUGUCUUUGAAUUUGAUUUUUUUGAAAUUGCAUUGCAGCUUUAAUUAUCCUACAUGUAAUUAAACGAUAAAUAAAGCAUUUCUAAUUAUGUUUUCUUUAAAACUCAUUAAAACCUACUGUUGCUAAUUGUAUUUAUUGUUUCACUGUGGA